CCUACAUACAAUACAGCUUUACCUGUUGUGUUCAGUACCAGAUACACAGACUGUUCCUGGUGCAGGGAGUACAAGAUAGACUGUCCCACCGACUGUUCCUUGGUGCAGGGAGUACAAGAUACACAGACUGUUCCAUGGUACAGGGAGUACCAGAUACACAGACUGUUCCAUGGUACAGGGAGUACAAGAUACACAGACUGUUACCUUGGUACAGGGAGUACAAGAUAGCCUGUCCCACCGACUGUUCCCUGGUGCAGGGAGUACAAGAUACACAGACUGUUCCCUGGUGCAGGGCGUACAAGAUACACAGACUGUUACCUUGGUACAGGGAGUACAAGAUAGCCUGUCCCACCGACUGUUCCCUGGUGCAGGGAGUACAAGAUACACAGACUGUUACCUUGGUACAGGGAGUACCAGACAGACUGUCCCACCGACUGUUCCCUGGUGCAGGGAGUACCAGAAACACAGACUCUUCCAUGGUACAGGGAGUACAAGAUACACAGACUGUUUCCUUGGUACAGGGUGUACCAGAUACACAGACUGUUCCAUGGUACAGGAAGUACAAGAUACGGACUGUUCCAUGGUACAGGGAGUACCAGAUAGUCUUUUCCCAGGUGCAGGGAGUACAAGAUAGACUGUCUCACAGACUGUUCCCUGGUACAGGAAGUACCAGAUACACAGACUGUUCCAUGGUACAGGGAGUACAAGAUACACAGACUGUUACCUUGGGACAGGGAGUACAAGAUAGACUGUCCCACCGACUGUUCCCCUGGUGCAGGGAGUACAAGAUAGACUGUCCCACCGACUGUUCCCUGGUGCAGGGAGUACAAGAUAGACUGCCCCGCCGACUGUUCCGUGGUACAGGGAGUACCAGAUACACAGACUGUUCCAAGGUGUAGGGAGUACCAGAUACACAGACUUUUCCCAGGUGCAGGGAGUACCAGAUACAGACUUUUCCCAGGUGCAGGGAGUACAAGAUAGACUGUCCCACUGACUGUUCCCUGGUGCAGAGAGUACCAGAUACACAGACUUUUCCCAGGUGCAGGGAGUUAAAGAUAGACUGUCCCACUGACUGUUCCCUGGUGCAGGGAGUACAAGAUAGACUGCCCCGCUGACUGUUCCCUGUUGCAGGGAGUACAAGAUAAACAGACUGUUCCCUGGUGCAGGGAGUACCAGAUACAAAGACUGUUCCCUGGUGCAGGGAGUACAAGAUAGACUGCCCCGCUGACUGUUCCCUGUUGCAGGGAGUACAAGAUAAACAGACUGUUUCCUGUUGCAGGGAGUACCAGAUAGACUGUUCCUCGUUACCGGGUGUGGGUAUGACCCAGUACACAGAUUUUACCAUGUUAUCUGGUUGCCAGGCAAGGGCUGUACCAAACACACAAUGUCCCCAUAACCUGUCGAAGGGAAUACUGGAUAUACAUAUUCCCCUGGUACACAUAACAAUUUGUUGCUAUACUAGACAUAUAAAAACAUACACACGCUCUCUCUUAAACUCACAAGUCAAACAGUCACUACAAUCAAUCUAUCACAUGAACCAGCUUUUCAUCACUCGUCUAUUUCACACAAGUUACAAAAC